GUUGUUUGGUUAUGCGUACACACCCACUCCAACUUUGUAGCUUUUACCCAAAAAAAGAAGGGUGAAAAACAAGCACCAGUAGAUCCCAUCCCAUCCCGUUGGAUUGGAGCAUCCAAAAAGCAGCUUUUGAACCCUAAAAUUGAUUCCAAACAACGCAUCACUUCUGCAUAUUCCCUCGGAGUUUCGCCCCAGAUUUCACUCUCUCAUACUUCCUCUCCAUGAAUUGAGGCAACUUCAAUUAUGGCAGACAUACCAGGUUAUGUGAGAGCCUGCUUGCAAACUGGGAAACUUGUUUUCUUGGCAAUUUUGGUCUCUGGAGGAAUCGUCUUGCAAGUUUUGGCUUGUGCUUUGUACAAUAAUUGGUGGCCAAUGCUAACAGCUGUAAUGUACGUGCUUUUUCCCCUGCCUCUGCUGUUCUUUGCGGGUUCUGAUACCUCUUCUUUCACUUCUGAAUCUUCAAACGGCUGGGUGGACGCAAGUAAAUUCCUCUCCGGGGCUUCGGCCAUGGGCAGCAUUGCCAUACCAACUAUCUUAAGGCAUGCCGGUGUUAUUGGUUGGGGAGCUCUGGGAAUGCAACUUGGAUCUUAUUUCGUUUUUAUUUUAGCUGUUGUUUGCUAUAUUAAGAUGAACGGUGACGAUGAUGGAUACA